UAGAAUAAUAAAUAAAUUAAAAAUAAAUUAAAAAUAACAAGAUUUGGUUGAGGAGUGACGAAGGCAAGUGCACAACUACUUAAUAACGCGUAUUAAGUAAAACAAAGUCCCGUUGACUUUGACAAAGACAAAGCAACCAAGAAAACAACCACACCUUUCCUCUACUGUUCAUCUAAAAAAGUUUGCCCCCACCAUAUUAAACAACCAAACAACCCCUUAAAUCAAUCUAUAAUACACUCAUCCAAUCUCCGAUCUCCACCAUGUGUUCGAUGAAAGUCCUCACAGAGAAUUCCACCCCCUUUUACAUUCCAUCUUCUUGAAAAAUAAUCAUCCAUGGCAGCCCUUCACUCCAGAAAGCUUCUACCUGCAGAAGAUCAACCUGUAGCAGGUGAUAAAAGGCCAGAAUCAUGCUACAUGUGUUACGUUUGCCCCGACGAUUGCUACCUCCAAACACCGCCGCCGUCUCCGCCGCCGCCGCCGUCGUUAACUAACCACCACAUACCGACGGUCUUGAUCCUCAUGCUCUGCGUCCUCGGCGGAGCUUUUCUAGUCCUGUCGUACCUCACAGUCCGGAGGUACAGAAACUGCAGGAGGAGAAACUCGCCGCCGUCGUCGACGGCGAACGCUGACUCGCCGGCGGAGGAUUAUUUUCUCGACGAGGAUCACGGCCCUGCGGCGACGGCGGACCACCACAUCUGGUAUAUCCGAACCUCUGGCCUCUCUCGAUCACUAAUCGAUUCGAUUUCUGUGUUUGAUUACAAAAAAGGCGGAGGGUUGAUCGAAUGCGUCGAUUGUUCGGUUUGUCUGAAUGAGUUUCAAGAAAACGAAACCCUCCGCCUUUUGCCCAAGUGCAGCCACGCGUUUCACGUGCCGUGUAUCGACACUUGGCUUACGUCGCACAAGAAUUGCCCCGUUUGCCGGGCACCCGUUUCGACUAAUAAUAAUAAUAACGAUAAUAAUGUUCGAUUAUCGGGUUUUAUCGAGACGAAUGUAGUAAGUUCGGUGGAGGAGAAUGAUAAUCGUAAUAAUAAUCACCCGACGAUGGCUCGUAACGAACCGGUGGUUCGAGAAGAAAUAACGAUCGAAAAUAAUCGAGGAGAGAAUAUUCUUAGGGAAUCAAGAAUCGGAAAAUUUAGAGUGGUUAGUGAUUUGGCGGGUUUUAGGGUGAAAGUGGAUAAUCAAGAAUCGGAGCCGGUGAGAAGAUCCCUUUCGUUGGAUUUCUCGUCGGCUUCGAUUGUUUAUAGAGAUGUUAUUAGCGUGAGAGACGAAGGGUGUUCGAUGAAUAACAAUAACAAUACUAAUACUAAAUUGGAAAAUUUUGGGAAACGAAAUUCGAGUGUUUGUACGAAGAUUAAGAAAGAUUCUUUGCUUUCGAUACAAAAAGGGUCGGUUUCGAUGAAAAGAUCGUUCUCGUUUAGUGGGAAGAGAUCGUCGAGUAAGAAUAGCAGAAGCCAAGAAUCGAUCACGAUACGAGAGCUCGCUAUGUACACGAAAUCGCAGUCGAUAAAUUUGUAGAAUUGUUACAUUUAUUGGGCUGCAAUUUUUUGUGAGCUAGAGAUGAAAAUUGAAUAUGAUUUUCUUGGUCUUGUUAAUAAUGUGUACAAUAGAGUGAUAAAUAGCACUCAAUUGUAAUUAUGAACAAUACUUUUUUUUAAUUAUUUAUUUAUCAAUAAGGGCUUCUUAAAUCAUCGGCAAUUUAGGUUCAAAUCUCUGUGGCGAUUCUUGUCUAGCUGAUUUUGGUCCUUUCGGAUGUUCUAGUUGGAAAAUAAUAAUGUUUUUUUUUUUUUUU